GUUAUUAAAUCUGACUUCUAUAAAGAAACAUAAGUGGCAGAUUCAAGGAUGUUGUGCAUUAACAGGAGAAGGCCUUUAUCAGGGACUGGAGUGGAUCGGAAGCACUUUAAAAAGCAAGUGACGAAACCAUAAGCCAAUAGUUACUAUCUCAAAACUGUGAUCGUCCUGAAGGGUGUAUGUGUAUGCGUGUGCGUAUUUGCAGGUUGCAAAGACAGAAAAGUCCUUCCUGUGAACUUCAUGUUAGUGUUGUAACUAUGUAAAAUAAACAUCUUUUAAGAAAUUACAUGGCCAGAUGUAACUGGAGCAAGAUUAUCAAUUCAUUAUAAUAUUCUUUUUUUCUUUUGAAACUUGGAAAACCUUUCUGCCCGGUCAGAUGUAUAUAUACAUAUGAUGCAGUGUACAGUGGGAAUGUGUCAGACAGUGCUUAUACUUUGGUGGUCAUGAUGAUACUUUGCUAAGUGCGGUUCCUUGAACACAAGGCAGAAAGAAGCAUUUCUUCCACAAGUAAAACCCCAAAUGCACGGCUUGGAAUAUUGGGGCAGUGCAGGAAUGCUUAGAUUGUCUUAGGUGUGUUUAUAUCGUCUGUCGAGAGAGAGAGAAAAUGGAACGAUUUAGUGUUAUUUGUCAAGAAGGAAAUCACUGUGGUAUGAAGAAAUCAUUUCAUUUUCUAUACAGUGUGCCAUUUCAAGAUUCAAAUUUUCAUGGUAACUCAUAGUAUAUCAAUGACAGUUAUAAGUAAUCUCUAGUGAUAUCUGUCGGUUGGAAGUUUUACUUUGUUAAGAGACUAUGGUUGCUGCCGUUUUUUCUACCAGUUUUUAAUGGAAAUAUCAAAGUAAUGUGCAACUAGAGUGUGAAAUGAUGACUUUGUAAUAUACAUAUUUUGAGUUGUACUAUACGUAGUUUGAGUGUGUGAAUGUCGAUUUCUCAGAGUGAAAGUUUCUUAUUAUGUUAUUUAUUAUUGUUUUCAUUUGAUUAUCUCCCCCUUCCCUCCAGAAAAGAAAAAUGAGAAAAAAAAAGUUUCAUUUUAUUUUUAUAUAGAGAUGAAAAACUUGUAUUAGCUUUAUUUGACAUAAUUAUAAUUGAUAAAACAUGGAACUAGUUUUACAUUAUCCAACAGCAUCUUCCUUUAUUAUUUCAAGGAGUUUCAGGAACAGAUCUUUUCCUUGCAUUUUUUUUUUUUCCCCCUUUUUCCCUUUUUUUCCCCGGUCAUUUUUUUGACAUGGAUAUUUUUCUUUCUUUGGACAAGAGUGCUUAAGGUUUAGUUUCUCAGAGUUAAUGUGUACAAAAAGGAUGUACAUAAUUCCUAGUAUUCAUUCUGUUGACUGAUGGAAGGUAAGCAGAAAAAAAAAGACAUUAGACUUUAUAAUUCUUGUUAUCCAAAGAAAAGCUGUUAUUUCUCGGUAAAACAAGCAAAAAAAAAAAAAAAAAAAAAAGAAAAAAAAAA